GCGAUCGAACACAAACAAUAAAGAAAUUAAACAAUCAGCCAUAAUUUGGCAGGGUUUUUCGGUUCCGGGGGUGUAACUUAAGAAAGGGGAGAAGCUAUGGCUUUUCUUUGUCCCGUGCGCAUGCGGCGCGACAAGAAGAAAGCUACUAAUGCCAGCAUAGAAAGGGAUUUGCCAGUUGUGGGAGGAUUGGGCAUGGGCCGCAUAACUGGUUCCUCCAGCAUUGAAACCCUGGUGAGAGUGGGCAUAGAAAAGGAGCAUGGUUUAAGUCCCGAUUCCAAGAUGGUUGUACUGCACGACUUUACCCCCUGCGUGGAUGAUGAACUGGAGGUGAAGCGUGGCCAGCUGGUCAAUAUCCUGUACAGGGAAAACGAUUGGGUGUAUGUGAUUGGCCAGGACUCGCGGCAGGAGGGCUUCAUACCCUUCUCCUACUGUGCUCCCUGCAACACACAACUAGCAGAUUUGGCGGUCAAAAAGAAACUGCCAAGGGAACAGUGUCCAGAGCAGCCGAUCGAUGAGAGCAUACCGCUCCUAGGUGCAGACAACAAACUGGACGUGCUCUGCGAUGAGACCUUGAAUCCAGGAUCUGCAAACAGCAUGGAGAACAUCCUGCUAUUAGAGCCAGAGUGUACUCCUUUUGUUAAAGAACCCUCCGGACGCUGCAUCGUUUUGUACACCUUUAUAGCCCGGGAUGAGAAUGAUUUGUCUGUGGAACGAGGCGAGUUUGUUACCGUGCUGAAUCGCGAGGAUCCCGACUGGUUUUGGAUCAUGCGCAGCGAUGGCCAAGAAGGAUUCGUGCCGGCUAGCUUCAUUUAUCCGGCAGACAGCGUGCGAGUUUUGCAGCAGCAGAAAGCCACUCUAAAUGCCAUGGAGACCAUUCUUCAGCAGGGUCAACAAGGGCAGCAGACCCAGCAACAGCAGCCGCCGCAAUUGGGUUUGGGAACGGAUGAUCUGCGCUACCAUGGCACAGAGCUGGUGAUGCUGUACGAUUACAAGGCGCAGGCUCCAGACGAUCUUUAUCUUUCCGUACGGCGAGGAGAUUGGAUUUACGCCGAUCUCAGUAAUCAGACUGUCGAUGGCUGGCUUUGGGCUUAUGCUCCGAAAACGCGCAAAUAUGGAUUCAUUCCAAAAGCCUAUGCCCGACCGCCUGCCAUGACCAGUCUCUAAGAGAUUGUAUCACUUUCAUUUUAAU